UCAGCCCCCACUUGACGACGACGAUCGAGUGCAGACAUCUGCUGCGCAAGGGCGGGCGAAAGGGCAGCUUGGGUUUCCGAGUCGAUAAGCUUCCCCUUCUUCCUAUAAUCACAUUUUUCAUCUAUGUAGACAUCUCACCACAUCCGAUCCCCUGCUAGGCUGUUUGGUACCCCUCUCACCACUGCCUUCCUCCUUACUUGGUCCCAUCCAGGCCAGCAGCCAUCUUCCGCCGUGCAACUUUAUUACCAGUCCAUCUCUUCUACUAUAAUCUCUGCACCAUAGAAUGGUGGUCCCCAAGCAUGAACUCGAGGCUAAGCUGAGGGAGGAGAGCAGUCUCGUCAGGAGCGGGCUCCUCCGCGAGGAGAACCCACUGGACCUGAGUGGCGCCUUCAGUGACUUCCUCGAGGCCUGUCGGCGUGGCGACCUGAAAACAUGCCAGGAGUUACUCUCCGCCGGUGUCAAUAUCAAUGGAAGAGACGCCUUCGAUUACACACCGUUGAUCUUGGCAAGCUUAUGUGGCCACUUUGACCUCGUAAGGUUUUUGCUCGAGUCUGGCGCCACAGCUGAAAGGAACACAUUCCAGGGCGAACGUGCGGUUUACAAUGCCCUGAAUGACAAGAUCAGAAAGCUACUGAUACAGUAUGACUAUUCCAAGUCGACUGACCCUUUGCAGCCCUGGUCAUCCCACAUCACCUCCUUGCUCUCGUUGACGACACCGCAGACGUCAGACAUCACACUUUCGGGGGGUGAUGGCCUUGUGCCAACCGUCGCUUUUGAGCUCCACAAGUUUCUCCUGGCCGCCAGAACUCCAUACUUUGCGAAGAAGCUGGCCGACGCGCCGGGGACCGAGACUUGGAAACUCCCAAACUCACCCCCAGUCGAGGCUACACGUGCUGUAAUCCGUUAUCUCUACCUCGACGAGCUGUCUAGUGAUUUUGCAAGCUCUGGUGCCGGUGGUGUCACAGAGGAAGACAUUUUCAAGGGUAUCGACAAGAUCAGUCGAUCACUCGAGGUCGGGCACAUCUGGGACGCCGUGAUGGCCUCGAGCAAUCGCCGUCUAGCCCGCCAGAGAUACCAGGACGAGGUGCGACGAGCUCAGGAACAAGUCGAAUCAUUUUUCCGCGAUAAUGUUAUCGCAAAGAAGAUCUUUGCCGAUUCGCGGGCGGCCCAGGACGUUAAAUGGUCCCGCGACAACUCCACAUAUGCCGACUGCCUGCUCCAGGCCGAUGAAAGCGAAUCAGAGGGUGGCGAUCUGGAUACCGCCGGGGCUAACGGAGCGAGUGUCCUCACGCCAGGAAGCCACGAGGCCAGGCCGCGCAGGGCAACUUUGUACCCCGUGCACAAGGCGAUGCUGAUACGCAGCCCCUACUUCCAAACAAUGUUCGCUGGGCCUUUCCUCGAGGCGCAGAGCACGGAGCACCUACGCGUCGUCCGAGUCGACUGUGUGCCCGAAGUCCUGGAAGUUGUGCUGUCGUUCCUGUACACAGAGAGGGCGGACUGCAGUCUCGAACUGGCUCUCGACCUGCUCUACACCGCCGACAUGUUGCUUCUUGACAAGCUAAAGUCGAGGGCCGUAGCACUUAUCAGCGCUCUGGGGAGCGGCAACAGCAGCUCGGUGGCCGAGAAACCGACGCAAAACGCGCCCGCUAAAGCAGAGACGGCCGAGGCAGAGCCCAUCAACAUUUACGACGUCAUCCGCGCGGCCUGGGACCUCAGGGUCCAGAGGCUUGAGGAGUUUGCGGCUCGGUACAUCAGUGCGCGCCUGGAGCAUUACAUCGACAAACCAGAGUUUGCCGAGAUGAUCCAGGAGAGUGCCUCGAGGAUCAAAAACCGCGAGGACACGGACACGAUCGAACUUCUUGACGACAUCCGGUUUUACUUGUCUGAAAGAUUCCGUCUGCGGUUCGAGGACACGGGAUGGGACGAGAUGAUGAAGGAGGACCAGCCGCUUGGUGGUGACCACAUCCCCGUCGACGGCGACACACCUGGGGAGACGACAUUGCCGGAAGGUGCCCAGACUGUGACGGUCUCUGCAUUGAACCCAACCGGUGCUUCCAACGUCAUCAAAGGGGCGCCAACACAGCAGCGCGUGCCGCCGCCUUCUAGUUGGAUCAGCACUUUGGCCGGAACCCUAGUCGAGGAUGAGUUCGAGGCAGACGCAGCCAACUAUCAAAUACUGCUGCAAAAGAUUGACGACAUGCUGGAUCGCCUGGAGUUGGACGCUUGAUAUUUCUUUGAUGUUAUGUUACGGUUAGAUACUUUCCUGGAUUUUUAGAAAUGUGGACUUAUUUCCCUUUUAUUUUUUCUCUCCUUCAAUUGGCCGGAGGCAGAUCCCGCAAUCGAGCAAUCAAUCAAGGGGUGGGCAAAAGUGGGACUGACGUCACAUGCACCAAAUCACGCGCCGCGUUCGGUUGGCUUCCUGUCGCAUGCUGGCAGGGGCAGUCGCUGCAGUCCAGAAC